GGCUCCUUAUAACUUAAAGCUCACAAAAGUGUUCAGACAGCUAGCCUGAAAAUGUGAAGAUUGUUGCACAUGUUUUAUAUGUCACUCAGUUGUUGCUUGACCUCACACAAUUCACACCUGAGAGAAACCCUACACGUGUGCAGGAAAGGACCAGGGUUUAGCUAUUCCUCGUGUCUGUGUAAGCAUGGGGAAAUCCAUUCUGAUGAGGAAAUCUACAAAAACAAUGUGGCAAGUUCUUUACCUGUUCUUCACACUGUAAGUAUCCCCAGAGACGUUAUAUUUCAGAGACACUCUCCAUGUACAAACACUGUGCCAAAGCCUUGAAUAAUACUUCAGGUCUUUAAUCGACACCAAAGAAUUGACAUAGGGGAGAAACUGCAGAUGUGGAUGCCCUUGUUGGCUUCAAGUGUCAACUUCAUACAGCCUUCCGUUAACGGAGGGACUCUCAACUAGGAAUUUGACUCGAUCGGAUUUGCCUAUAGGCAUAUCUUUGUGGGCAUUUUCUUGAUUGUACAUUAGUCUGUCAAAAGGAAAUGCUGUCAUUCAGGGAUGUGGCCAUUGAUUUCUCUGCAGAGGAGCGUGAAUGCCUGUGCUUGGAUCAGUGGAAUCAGUACAGGGAUGUGAUAUUGGAGAAUUACAGCCACCUCAUGUUCCUGGGUCUUGCUUCCUCUAAGCCAUACCCAGUCACAUUUCUGGAGCACAGUCACGGGCCUUCAGAUAAGAAGAGGCAAGCAUCAGCUGCCAUGCAAACAGUUGGACAGGGAUUCAAGCACUGUACAGAGCACCAAUUGUGGGUUCCCGGAAAUCCUUCGCGCUGCCUUGUGGGAAAUGUAGUCCAGCGUGCGAUGACGUCACAAGAAGGGACUUUGGAUGCUGUUUUUUCGCAGUCAGUCUUCAAACUUAGCUUCUCUCCAGCGCGUGUCCUGCUCAGCGCUGGGCUUGGAUCUCUAAUGUGGAGAUUUAUGGAUGCCUCCGCUGGAGUAGGAACAUUACAUAGACUCCUGUAACCAGAAUCACCACACUACACUCCCAUAUGACACAGAAUAAUCUUGUAGUUAGUAUGAAGCUGUCUUUGCAGAAUCCACACAAUUGCGUGCUUCACACUGCAGAGUGAAAACUACUAGAGAGUAAUACUGCAUCAAUUCCUUUUGAGACUGUGAUGUCAGAAUUUGGGCUCCUUUUCAGAUGUGAGAAAGGACUUGGUGUAAUGGGAAAAUGCUGUCAUUCCAGGAUGUGGCCAUUGAUUUCUCUGCAGAGGAGCGUGAAUGCCUGGACCCUGACCAGUGGGAUCUGUACAGGGAUGUGAUGUUGGAGAAUUACAGCAACCUUGAAUUCCUGGGUCUUGCCUCCUCUAAGCCAUAUCUGGUCACAUUUCUGGAGCAAAGUCAAGGGUCUAAUGAUAUGAAGAGACAAACAACAUCUACCUUGCAAACAGGACAUGUCAUUCUGGGAUGUGGCCAUUCAUUUCUCUGCAGAGGAAUGGGAAUGUCUGGGCCCCACUCAGUGGAAUCUGUACAGAGAUGUGAUGUUGGAGAAUUUCAGCAACCUUGUGUUUCUAGGUCUUGCUUCCUGUAAGCCAUACCUGGUCACAUUUCUGGAGCAAAGACAAGAAACUUCAGAUGUGAAGAGACAAGAGGCAGCUGCCAUGCCAACAGGAGCCAAAUGCUAUACAUGUCAAGAAUGUGGCAAGGCCUUUGAUUGGAACUCACAUCUUAUUAAACACCAGAGAAUUCAUUUAGGAGUGAAGCCCUACGAGUGUGAAGAGUGUGGUAAGGCCUUCAGUGCUCCAUCAUUGCUUUCUGCACACCGGAGAAUUCAUACAGAAGAGAAAUCCUACAAAUGUGAAGAAUGUGGCAAAAUGUAUUACUAUUCCUCAAAGCUUAAGGAACAUCAAAAAAGUCACUCCCAGGAGAAACCCUACAAGUGUGAUGUGUGUGGCAAAGCCUUCAGGUCUUCCUCCCAUCUCUCUACUCACUUGAGAAUCCAUUCUGGAGAGAAACCCUACAAGUGUGAAGAGUGUGGCAAGGUCUUUAGAACUCCCUGGCAGCUUUCUAGUCAUGUGAGGGUGCACUCUGGGGAGAAACCCUACAAGUGUGAAGAGUGUGGCAAAGGCUUCUCUACUCAGUCAUACCUUUCUCAACACAAAUUAGCUCACACCGGGGAGAAACCUUACAGGUGUCAAGAGUGUGGGAAACUGUUCUACUGUACGAAAAACCUUAAGGAACAUCAAAGAACCCAUUCUGGAGAGAAACCUUACAAGUGUAAAGAAUGUGGCAAAGACUUCAGAACUUACACAGCACGUUCUAAACACCAUAGAAUUCACACGGGAGAGAAACGUUACAAGUGUGGAGAAUGUGGCAAGGCCUUCCACCAGUCUUCUGGUCUUAAACAACACCAAAAGAUUCAUCUGUGAGAGAAAGCACAUAGUCGUUUCAAAUCACUUUCCGAGGAUUCCCGGAAAUCCUUCGCGGUGACUUGUGGGAAGUGUAGUCCCGUGUACGAUGACGUCAGAAGACUGGGCUUUGGAUACCGGAAGAACUUGCGCUUUGAGACUUCAAACUUCUCUUCUCCCCAUAUGUGCAUAGAUGUUUUGCCAGUGUCCAUGUCUGAGAGACUGUCUGAUCCUCUGGAAGUGGAGUUACAGACAGUUGAAAUGCUGUCAUUCAGGGAUGUGGCCAUUGAUUUCUCUGCAGAGGAGCGUGAAUGCCUGGGACCAGAUCAGUGGGAUCUGUACAGGGAUAUGAUGUUGGAGAAUUACAGCAACCUCGUGUUCCUGGGUCUUGCUUCCUCUAAGCCAUACCUAGUCACAUUUCUGGAGCACAGUCACGGGCCUUCAGAUAAGAAGAGACAAGCAUCAGCUGCCAUGCAAACAGGAAAAAAACACUCUACAGGCAAAAAAUGUGGUAUAACCAUUUCCUGGAACUCACAACCCAUUAACAACCAGAAUAUUAAUUUAAGAAAGAAGCCCUAUAAGUGUGAAGAAUGUGGCAAGGCCUUCUGUAUUCCGUCAUUACUUUGUGAACACAAGAGAGUACAUACAGGAGAGAAACCCUUCAAGUGUGAAGUCUGUGACAAAGCCUUCCAUGCUCCAUCAUUACUUUCUAAACACAAAAGAAUCCAUACAGGAGUGAAACCCUAUAAGUGUAAAAUGUGUAGCAAGGCCUUCAAUUGUCCAUCACUACUGUCUGCACACAAGAGCAUUCAUACAGGAGAAAAGCCAAACAAAUGUGAAAUAUGUGGCAAGGCCUUCUAUUUUCCAUCACGACUUACUGAACACAAGAAAAUUCAUGCAGAAGAGAAACCCUACAAGUGUGAAAUAUGUGGGAAGCUCUUCAAUCGUCCAUCAAGUCUUUCUGUACACAAGAGGGUUCACAGAGGAGAGAAACCCUACAAAUGUGAAGUAUGUGGCAAGGCCUUCUAUAUUCCAUCACAACUUUCUAUCCACAAGAGAAUCCAUACAGGAGAGAAGCCCCACAAGUGUGAAGUAUGUGGUACUGCCUUCAAUUGUACAUCAGGACUUUCUGUACACAAGAGGAUUCACACAGGAGAAAAGCCUUACAAAUGUGAAGUAUGUGGCAAGGCCUUCAAUCGUCUAUCAGGACUUUCUAUACACAAGAAUAUUCAUACAGGAGAGAAACCUUACAAGUGUGAAGUAUGUGGCAAAGCCUUCAAUGGUCCAUCAGGACUGUCUGUACACAAGAGGAUUCAUACAGGAGAGAAACCCUACAAGUGUAAACUAUGUGGCAAAGCUUUCAAUAGUCUAUCAGGACUAUCUAAACACAUGAUGAUUCAUACAGGAGAGAAACCCUACAAAUGUGAAGAAUGUGGCAAAGCUUUCCGAAUUCCAUCUCUACUUUCAGAACACAAGAGAAUUCAUACAGGAGAGAAACCCUACAAGUGUGAAAUAUGUGGCAGGGUCUUUAGAAUUUCACGGAUUCUUUCUGCUCACAUGAUAAUCCAUUCUGGAAAGAAAACCCACAAGUGUGAGGAGUGUGGAAAAGCCUUCUAUAAAAAGUCACAACUAAAUCACCACAAAUUGACUCACACUGGGGAGUAACCUUACAAAUAUGAAGAAUAUGGCAAACUCAUCAUCUGUACCAGAACCUUAAAGAACAUCCAAGAAUUCUUUCUGGAGAAUGUGGUAACGACUUUAGAACUUACACAGCACGUUCUAUCCACCAGACUAGUCACAUUGGAGGGAAACAUUACUAGUUGGAGAAUGGCAAGGCCUUUCACCAGUGUUCUGGUCUUAAAGAACAGCUAAGAAAUCAAUGAGAGAGAAGCCCUGUGAAGAAUGCGCCAAGGUCAUUUGCACUUAUUAACACCUUUUGAAACACCUGAUAAUUCAUAUUGGAGAGAAAUGCCUGUAGUGUCAAAAAUGUUAAAAACCCUUCAAUAAAUUUCUAGUGUUUUUCAUCCCAAGGUAGUUUAAAAAUUCAGUGAAAUAAUACUAAUGUUAAAGAUUUCAUAAAAUGUUUUAUGCUUUUUACUUCUUUACAAGAUAUCAAAAAGUAUUCUGAAUAGAAGCCCUAUAAGUAGGGACAAUGUGGUGAAGCCUUUAGGUCAUUCAGACCUUACCCAGCACAAAGAAUCCAUAGUACAAGGAAGCCAUACACAUGUGAAGGAUCUGGUGAGGUCCUUGAGCACUCAAUCAACAUUUCCUGCCCUUCUUAGAAUUCAUCCCAGAGGGAAACAACACAACUGUGGAUGGUGUGGCAAUGCUUUCAAGGAGCCCUCAUACCUUCAACCAGUGCUCCUCAGCCUUCCUAAUGCUGACACCUUUAAUACAGUUCCUCAUGCUGUGCUGAGCCCAGCCAUAAAAUUGUUUUCCUUGCUACUUCCAACCUAACAGUUUGCUACUGUUAUGAAUCAUUAUGUAAUAUCUUUGUAUUCAAUGGUCUUAGGUGACCCCUGUGAAAAGGUCAUUUGAACUCCAAGGGGUUAUGAUCCACAUCUUAAAAAUUGCUUCCUUAAAUAAAGGUAUUCAUACUAAGCAAUGACUUGGAGAGCAUUGGGAAAUUUUUUCUUCAUCUUUUACCCCUUGUUUAGCUUCAAGGAAAUCACUCAGCCUAGCAAUAUGUAUGAAUCUCAGUUGUUUAGAUUCCUUGAUUAUUGGCUCAAGAACAUGUCUGUAGGUCAUUUUAUUUCUGUUAAUUGAUGUAGGGGAACCUAGACCACUGGAUGAUGGCAGUAAACCAUGCAUGUGCCACCCUUGGCCAGGUUUCUAAUCAUUCUUUUUUUGUUUUUUUUUCUUUUUGUUUUUUUUCUUCAAGACAGGAUUUUUCUGUAUUGCUUUUCAGCCUGUCCUGGAACUCGCUGUGUAGAGCAGACUGGCUUUGAACUCACAGAGAUCCACCUGCCUCUGCAUCCCAAGUGCUGGGAUUAAAGGUGUGUGCCACUAAGCCAGGCUCUCUAAUCAUCCUUUAUAAUAAGAAAUCGGAGUUGGCUAUCAGGGUGAAACUGAAGGAUCAGAGAAGCAAUCAGCCAUCCACUACAGUUCUUUCAUCUACUAAUGCUCAGACCAAAGGGACCAUCCUGUCCUCAGACUGCUUCCUCAGAAUGCCUGCCUUUUCAGACUGCAUCCUCAGACUGCUUCAGACUGCCUGCUGCUCAGACUGCACUGAACUCUUGACUCUUCUCGCCUUUUAUUGUUCUCUGGCCAGCUAUGUCACUCCUGUCUCCACCUUCCUAGUUCUGGGAUUAAAUUCAUGUGAUCCCAAAUUUCAGGAUCACCAUUGUGUGAGCUCUGUUUCUCUUUUAGAUUGGAUUUCCUGUAGCUCAGGAUGGCCUUGAAUUAAAAGGGAUCCUUCUGUCUCUGUCUCCUGAGUGCUGGGAUUAAAGGUGUGUGCCACCAGUGCUUGACCUCUAUGGGCUAGUUCUGUGCUCUGACACUCAUGAAAGCUUUAUUUGUUCGGUCAUAAACAAAAUUUCGUCACAUUAUCCUAUUUUUGUCUAAAAUAAGAAAGGUUGUAACAAAUACAAGAAAAACUAUACAAUAAAGGCAAUAAAUACAUCAA